CUUAUCCAGAUCGGAGACUUUGCGGGAGCCUAUUUCACAGCUGUCAUUGCCAUGCACACUUUCUCAUCCUUAGUCCUACACAAACGUUAUUCUGCCUGGUGGGUUGUCUUCGGGGUAGCUCUCGGCUGGGGGAGCGCAGUUGCUUUGGGCACCGCUUUGUCGACAAUCAGCACUUCCAAGCAUGGUCCUUUCUUCAAUCAGGUUGGCAUGUGGUGCGCGAUCUCUAGCGGAUACACUGUAGAACAGUUUGUUGCUUAUUAUCUUCCGAUUGUAAUUUCGGCGUUCGUUACUUCUGCUUUAUAUGCAAUUAUCUAUCUUUGUCUUCGUGGAACGCUCGUUAUCGGUGAUGGCAUCAAGUUAAAUCUAUCUCCCGAGAAUGUACAGGGAUGGGUCGCUCGUCUGAAUGGGCGAGAGGAGUACAGGCAUUUCCUCGGUGCGAUCAUCAGGAGUCUCCUGUGGUUCCCAUUUGCUUUUGUCGUUCUUUUCCUUCCUAUUACUAUUGCAGGUCUCAUGCGGAUAUCUGGUAUCGGUAAUUCUGAUGGGCUCCUGGCACUUGCUGGAGUCGCUGCGUCUCUUAACGGACUCGCGAACGUUCUGAUUUUAGUAAAUACGAUUAGGGUGCUUCGCCCAGCGAUUAACUCG